AAACACCGGUAUAUAGUAUUGAGUGUUUUAUCCAUGCACAUGGUUUUUAUUACAGUUUAUUAACAGCAUUUUUCUAUAAGAAACUAAGUGCAUAACAUUAAGUUCCAAUCUUUUCAUUAACAAACUCACAUUUCCCCCUAAUUAUUUGGAGGGUAUGUGUGCAUGUUAAACUAGAAAUGAUAAUUUGAAGUUGUCUUCAGUUCUAUCAGUCAAGAAUGAAGCUGCUUGGCCAUGGGUAAUCUUGGAUAUGAAGUACACCUCUUUGCCUCCCAGCUGUUUCUUCGUAGAUCAGGUCAGCUGGCAGCAUGUGCUGGGCAUAGUGAUCAUUAUGUAAUUUGGGGCUGUAUGGAAAUAUUGCUGGUUCUUUCUCCCUCUCAGGACUUGUGAUGGCUGUGUCUUGUUUUCUGCAGAACUGUCUUGGAAGUCAUGUCCCAGCUAGGCUUUGCUUGCCAGCCUCCUCCUGAUGUUGACACUGAUGACUGUCUUCCGGAAUACUCCUACCUCUUCAGUCCAGACAUUCUCAAGUGAGUACUACCAAGUACUCAAAACACUGCUUUGAAACCUUUAUCUAGAUUAAUUUACCCUGUGCAAUUUUCAUUCCUCACCUCUGCUAUGUCUACCUCCUCAUCUGCUCCUCUUGAUCUUUGGUGUUAGUCAAUUUAUACUUGGUGUUGGUAUAUUAAUAGUGAUGUGUUGCUUAUUUUAACUUGUGUUCUUUUAAAAAAAAGUGAGUAGGAGUGGGAGUAGCCACAAAACAGUGUGUUUUGUAAAAAAAUAAAAUAUUAGGAAGAUGUGAGAUGCAUCUUCAGAGCUCAGGAAAUCAUCUUUACUGAGCCCUCCUUUCAGAUUUUGUACCAACAGUUUACAUGUUGUCAAAGAUAGGGAAAUGUAACAUUUUUAAAAUACUGUCAGAGACAUAUUUAAACUAGAAUAAGGUACACGUGGCAUAAGAGAUGAAGGGCUCAAAUAUCUCCCCCAGAGGCAAAACCGAUGCAUCAUAAGAUGGAUUUCGUGCAGUUUCAGUUUAUCUUUUUAUACUAUCCUCUUCAUUCCCUGCUAGUAUAAGCCUCCUUCAAGCUUGGAAUGACUGUUUGCUUUGUAGAAAUAUGUCCAUGUCUUAGGCCUGCUUGGAAGUACAUUGCUCUCAUCUCUAAAGAUUUCUAAAGGUGCAAUUUCUAGUCACUGCCUCUUUACCAGCAGCAGAUACAGUGUGCUUUUUAUUUACUUCUGAGAAUUCAUAUUUUUCCACUCAAACAGAAUUCCUUAUUAGGUAUGUGUUUAUGCCACUACUUGCAGCAAAACAGGUAUUCUGUAGCAGCUGAAAAUGUUGGAUGGUUUUGCCUUUUGAGGGCUCAUGCAGUUGAAUUGGGCAAGUGGUUAUCUUUUUGCCUAAUCUACUUCACGAGACUCCCGUGAGGCCUCAAUUACUUUCAGUACAAGCGUGACAAAUCAAGACUGACUCUUAGCAUAUUAGUAAACUGUCUUCCUUUUUUUUUUAAAUAAUUUUUAUUAACCGACCAAUCAAAUCAAAUCAAAUCACAUAAAUUCCGAAUUACAAAGCCGAAUUUUAAAUUUUUGUUGAGGGGACCCAUAUUUCAAGUUCCGAAAGGGGAUUCCGAUCAUCUUCUUGCUGCUGCGUUAAUAUCCACAAAUCUGUCCAAAUAAUGUUCAUAAUUCUAUCCAGUCCUAUCUUGCUGUUUCCACAUCUCAUCUUGUUCGUAUAUUUUUCUUUUUUUCUUUAUGAUCUCUUCUGAUAAUCUCCUUAAGCAGGUAAACACCAAUUAUAAUCCUGUGUGAAUUUUUCCGUUUGUCCAAUCAUCAUAUCAAGAUGGUUUCCAUAUAUCAUCACUUUCAUAAAUAACAGCACUCUUUCCAUCAUUAGUCUCGCAAAACUGUCGCCUUCUUUUGUCCCUCUGAGGAGGCUCACCCACAAUAUGAAAACAGAUCUGUUCCUCCUCCCAGACAUAAGUCUUUCGACAGAACUUGCCAAUAUGGUGACGCUAUUUUUUGCUGCGUCAUUCCAAAGCUCUUAUGCUUUCCACGAUCUUCUUAAAACAUGCUUUGGUUAGAAAAUUAUCUCCACACAGUCUUAAAUCCACAGCUUAAGUCAUUUAAAUGGCAUUUCUGACUUGUGACUUGUGGGGGGGUGGAUUCUUGGUUAAUCACAUAGAGAAAAGAAAGGAAAGUCCCGUCCCCCCCCAUCCAGUCCCAUUGCCAAACAUACUGAGCCUUGGUGUGUCUUCUCAUGAUUUAUUCCUGUUCCUCCGACCCGUCUUAUUUAUCAGAGAUCUCUUCAGUUAGCAGUCUUUACUCCCCCUUCUUCCUUGAAAUAUGUGCAUUAGCUUCCACCUAAUUGUUUCUUUUGAAGUUGCUGCAGCUAGAGGCGCGAAUCAGAGACAGCAUCCAGGAGCGCUGAGAUCCGCACAAGGGCUUUCUGCCUAGUGCCCCCACCCACUCAAAUUCGGGGGUGGUAUAGGGCACAGCAGGCAAGGGCAGUCCCCCCCACACGCUUGGGGGCGUGGCGGGAGGCUGUUUACUCCCAUCACAGCCUCUUAAUUACCUCGUGUGGGUCGGAGAGAUGUUAUUGUCAGCCAUCUUCCGAUGCGCCCCUAGUGGCCCCUCAGUAAACUGUCUUCCUAUUUCAGACAUGCAUUUCAUAGUACAAGUGGCAUCUGCUAAGUGGAGGACGCAGGAAACCUCUGGUCUGCCUGGGAUUGAUGUGGUCUGACCUGACUGAAUUUCCCUCAUUCCUCCUUUUUGUAUGUGUCACGAUCUUCACUGAUGCUGCUCUUUCUGAACGUGCAUUAUGAAAAGUCUAUAUGGAUCCCACUUGCCAUGGUUUCAGACGUCUUCUUUCUUUCUAGGGGCAAAGUUGCAUUCAUCACUGGCGGCAGCUCCGGCAUUGGAUUCCGCACAGCUGAGAUUCUGAUGAGGUAUGGACACUCUGGUGCGGGAGCAGCUUGGCUUUACUUAAGCUUGCAAUGCUUUUGGUCUCUGCUGUAUUCUCCUGCAGCAGCCACCAGCCUGUUCCUAGGAAGCAAGUCCUUCCUUCCCUUUGCAGCUGCAUCCUGCUUCAUGCCAUUUGUGUUUUCUGCAGCUUUUCUGCAGAUGUGUGUCCUAUGGUGAGAUGUGCCAUGGAACUGCAGCCGUUUGGGGUUCUCUACUGCAUAUAUCGGGACGUAUCUCUGCAUUUUGCAUGAUCACUGCAGGAACGCCCAGUUGCCAUGUAGCAGCCUGGUUGGAAGGAAAGGUGACAGGAUGUUAUCAAGGAGAGUUGCCCCCCCCCCCAAACACACACACACACACACACACACACACACACACACUUGUGAAAAAUCUGAAUGCACAGCUCCACAUCCGCCCACUAAGCAUAACCAAAUUAAAUAUACAAAUUACUAUAUCUAAAACCUAUCCAAACUGCACAAGUAUUGGCCAGUGUUAAUACCUGAGCUUUAUGGUUUCUGGGUUAUCCAAUCUGAUGGCAGGUUGCAGACACACAUGGAGACCACACAAGCAUACUGAAUCCCCAUGGCUGGUAGCAGAGGUGUGUCUGAGUAGACAAGCGAGUGAUGAGCACAAGGUGUUCUGUGUCACCCUCACCAUCUAAGGUUUUGCUUGCAGGCAUGGCUGUCAUACUAUCAUUGCCAGCAGGAACCUUCAGAGGCUAACAGAGGUGAGUGGACAGGAGACUGUUAUCCCUUUCAGAUCCCUUUCAAAUCAAGGCCUUGGCAGAGGCACUUCUGCUGGAGUCACCUGUCUCAAGCAACAGAUUGGGGAGGUGUUGAGGAUGGUAUAGACCAGCGGUUCUCAAAACUUUUUUCUCUGGGCCACACUUUCAGAAUAAAAAUUUGCUCGCUCAACACCAAAUUUCUUAUUGAUGAGAAAUACAUUGGAAGACAACACUGGAAAGUUUAAACACACCUCACUGAAACGCUUAAAUGUUUCUUUGAUUGCCCUUGAAUCUUCCUGCCACACUUGCCACCCUCUCCAAUGUGGCCUCACCCUUGACAACUGCUGGCAUACACGGAAGACAGAUGGAUCUGAUCUGUGGGCACUCUUGUGCAAGGUCUGUUCAGAGGAAGAAAAGUUUCACAAGACAAUGGCUUCCUUCUUCUUUAAGUUAAGAAAAAGGUGGUAGAUAAGAGAACUCGUGAGUGAGGCCUGAAGAAAACUUGGAAGCUGGGUAUGGAGGGGAGAGCAUCCUAAACUGUGUUUCUCUCUUAGGACAAACUGCCCCACUAACCUCCGCCUGCCACCAGCCAGCCCCUACUUACCUGCCUUCUUACAUUCAGUCUAGGGAUGAAACAGCCAAUCAGCUUCCUUCCCCUUAGUCUCAGGGUUGGCCUGGUAGAACUGAGCAGGGGGGAGAAGGACAAAACUAAAACUAGUUGGCUCUGUCACGGACUGUGAUGCCACCUACUGUUGGUCUCCCCAUCUUCCACCCAAAUCGUUGCAGAAAUGCAGAGAAUUGAGAUUGGGGGAAAUAAGAAAUGUAGGGAACAAAAACUCCAUUAUUGUCUAUCUACAACUGAGAUGUGGUCCCUCCCGUGAAUAUUCGUUGUCAUCUUAAAUGCUGCUGGGUGCACAGCCCUUAACAUACCACAUCAUAGAUUCUCAGAGGUGAGCCUGUGUUUCCACGUAAGAGGUACCUGAAACAUUUCACAGAAGCCUUUUGAGAACCUUCCUAAACAAUGCAGUAUGUUGAUGAAACCAGGAAGGGUUUCCCCAUCCAACAGCACAGCAGGUGCUUAACAUGGAAAUCUUGCACUAAUUCUUGACACAAAUCCCUUUUCCCAGUCUUUCAUGCGUCCAGCUCGCCAUGCUGCGGCAGGAAGACAGAAGACGGUGGUCAUUUAUUACCGAAUAUUCUUUUCCUUUUUUUAUAGGCUGCCAAGAAACUGUCAGCAGCCACUGGCCAGCGAUGCCUGCCCCUCACGCUGGAUGUCAGGCAGCCACAGAUGAUCAUGGCAGCCGUGGAUGAGGCCCUCAAGGAAUUUGAGAGGAUUGAUAUCCUUGUCAACAGUAAGUUAUUUGCGUCAGCAGAGGACAUUCAUGGGGUGUACUGCUGGCCACCUGUCUACAAGCUGGGAAAAACUGCUCACUGUUGCAUGCUCUGGGAGGGUGAUCUUUGAGGGUGCUGGCAGGGCUGUUUUAGUAGUAGGCCAGGGAUAGGAAACAUUUUUCAGCCCAAGGGCCACAUGACCUUCUGAGAAACCUUCUGAGGGCCAUAUUCCAGGGGUGUUUUGCAGGGGGGCAGGGACAAAAGUGGGCAGAGCAAUGAACGUAAACUAGAUGCUCUGCAAACAUACACUCUCCCCAGCUGCGCCCCCCGCCCCCCAGUAAAUCAAGUAAAUAAAUAAAAAAUACUUAACUAAAAGUAGAAAAAAACCAGAACAUUUGAAAUUGAAAGGCUCACUGAGGUCACUUGAAUGAUGUUGUGGCGCAUUCUAGCAAUGCAACUGGGAAACUGAGCAAUAAGCGUGGCUUCCGCAAGCGGGCCAAUCACGUCGCAGAUAGCUCGGUUCUGGAACAGGACAGGUGGUUGUCCUUCCCCUUCACCGCCCCCAACCCCUCCAAAUCCUGGCUACACCGAUGCACAUACCCCUCUCUUGCUUGUCCAGGCAAGCAAGAGGCAUCCUCGAAGUUCAAGUUCAACCCAGCCAGGCAAAAGCAGGGUCAUUGAGGGGUGUGGCUUGGGGCCAGAUAAAGGGGUCCUGGAGGGUUGCAUCACGAACCUAGGCUGGAUGUUCCCCACCCCUGUAGUAAGCAGUGAAAUGGGGUGGUUUCUGAUGCCACAGUGGGCCCAUGGCAUGCCCUUGUACCAGCCACGCCUGCCUUGCCAUGCUGAUUCAGUCUCCAACUUCUCUCUCUCCCUUGUCCCCAGAUGCUGCUGGAAACUUCCUGUGCCCAGCCAGUGCCCUGUCCUUCAAUGCCUACAAAACCGUGAUUGAGAUUGACACCUUGGGAACAUUCAACGUCUCCAAAGUGCUGUAUGAGAAGUGUCUCCGUGUAAGUUUCUCUCCUCCAUCAGAGGCUUUUCUCCCUGCGGACAGACUUUCCUCAGCUCCUGUGCUCUAGGGUCAAUUGCCCUGGGCAGGGGUGGGGGGAGCUUUUUUUUAACACCUGAGGGACACGUUCCCUUCAAGAAAAGAAUGUGGGGAAAGGUUUCUAUUUAUGCCAGCUAUGUUCAUUUUGGUUUGUGCCUGCUGCACUUGCUGUUAAUCCUUUCUGUCAUUGUUCCCAGAGCUGACUUUAUUUUGUUGAUCUAGGACCAUGGCGGAGUCAUUGUCAAUAUCUCGGCAACCCUAAGCUACAGAGGUCAGGCUCUCCAGGUGCAUGCGGGGACAGCUAAGGCAGCCAUAGGUACCGUAAGCAAUUUGGCUCCCCUUCUCACCUACACCCUUAAUCGAGUUUUAUUCCUCUCCCUGUCCCUCCCACCCAAGUGGAAGUCAUGGUGUUCUGGCACCACCUACAGUCUGGAAGAGAUGUUGCAGCUUCCAGAUUGAGCAACAGAGAAGCCUUCUGGCCCACAGUGAUAAGACCACUUCUAGGACAUGGGUGCCCUCCCUGUCUGAAUUUUUAAAAGAAGAGUUGCCAUCUGCAAAUGCAUAUAGUUUUAUCAUAUUGACUGUGUCUGGAUGUAAUGCUAAGCCAUGGUUUGCUGUGUUUUUAUUAUGCUGGAAGCCACUCAAAGUGGCUGGAGCAACACAGUCAGAUGGGCGGGGUAUAAGUAAUGAAAGUAUUAUUAUUACUACUACGGUGAGCCUACAGCAGUGAUUCCCCUCCCUGGCAUGGCAACAAUGAAGUUAUGGGAAAGUUCUGCUCUAGAUUAAUUGCAGUUCAGCAUGUUGUCUGAACUCCAAACAGUGGUUCACCUUAACUUCAGUUAGUGAAAACAAGUUUGACAUUAGCUCAUUUCGACAGUUUGUCCAGGUUCAACCAAAAUGGUUAAUCAAAAACAGAAGCAAAAGCUUCCAAAGUCAAACUUGUAGCUGUGCUGGAGGAGGAAGGGAAAGUGUAUGAGUGCUUGGCUCGUGCUCCUGGCACUAAACCAGGCUUCCUCAACCUCGGCCCUCCAGAUGUUUUGAGACUACAAUUCCCACCAUCCCUGACCAUGGUCCUGCUAGCUAGGGAUCAUGGGAGUUGUAGGCCAAAAACAUCUGGAGGGCCGAGGUUGAGGAAGCCUGCACUAAACCAUUAACAUCUGAAUCAGCCCAAUGUCUUGUCAAGGGUUUUGCAAAUUCAGCUGGCUUUCAUUCAUUGUUUUCUGUGUGGUGGGUUUCACUAUUUCUUUUCUUCUUGUGAAGUGCUGAAUGUCUUGAGAAAUUCUGUUUCUUUUGCUUCUGUUUAUUGUCCUAAUAAUAUAUAUAUUUUUAACACACAUACAUGCAAUGUAAUUCUUCCCUGUGCAAAAGGAGAAUUCCUUUCCAGCUUGUUGUGGAUAGGGUCUCUUUCAAUCACCAAGAGACUGGCAGAGUUGAUGCGGGGAGGAUUGUGCCUUGUGAAUGGGCAAGAACCAGAUUUAGAUUUGAUGACUUUCCAGUUCUUUCUAGUGCUGUAAUUCUUAGCUUUUCAAUAUUUGUUCUUGAUCCUCUCUGACUGUCUUCUCCCUUACAGAUUCAAUGACAAAACACCUGGCUGUGGAAUGGGGUCCUAAUGGAAUCAGAGUGAAUAGCUUGGCGCCAGGUCCUAUUUCGGGUACAGAGGGUCACCGCCGCUUAGGUAAAGCAUUAAAUAUAAUUUGAAGUGCUGUCUGUGUGAUUUACCUGGAAAAGAAACAACUGGGGAGACCACCCAGCUAUGAAGGUCACUGGGCAACCUUGGACCAGUCACCUCUCUCACAAGGUUGUUGUAGGAGUAAAGUGUGGGAGAAUGCAUGCCAUCUGUACCUCUUUGGGGGAAGAGCACAGCGUAAAUAAAUUAAAGUAAAUAGGCAUGCCUAUACUAUCCAUUAGAAUUUCCAGGGUGGAUCGUUCAUAAGAAUUAAUAAAAUUCAGUAGAUGACUUGAAUCAAGACUUGUUAGACUGAGACUCGAUGAACUUGCAGUGAAACACUUCCAGAAAUCUUCUGUGCCAAGCAGGGAAUCGGACAAUAUGUUAUUUAUACUCGAACAUCAUGGAGCAUUCGGAGUUGCUUUUGCAACAGGGGUGGCUAAGAGGGGUGCAGACCACAUGCAUACAUUCGGACUGCCCCCUCUCUGCUUGUAAGCCAAUCAGCUGAGGAGAAUGGGGGUUCUCCCCCAUUGCAGCUAAGCAAUGGGGUACAAAAGGGAGGGAGAGAAAAGAAAGGCCAUUUUUAAAAGGGGGGGGGCUCUCCUCCCUUUGAGGCACCACCAUUGGAAUAAGGUCUUAGUGCUUAGGAAACGUGAAUAAGUUCUUCAGCAGAUGUUGGGCUUUGUUCUUUUUUUGUGGGCUUCCCAGAGUAAUUUGGUUUGCCACGGUGAAAACAGAAUCCUGGUUUAGAUGGCACAUCUGUGCUGACGGACCUGCAACAACAAGGCCUUGUUGUUAACGUUUAAAGCUCUGAACAACUUGGGACCAGGUUUCAAUUUGUAUUCUUCUACAGUGGUACCUCGGGUUACAUACGCUUCAGGUUACAUACGCUUCAGGUUACAGACUCCGCUAACCCAGAAAUAGUGCUUCAGGUUAAGAACUUUGCUUCAGGAUGAGAACAGAAAUCAUGCUCCGGCGGCGCAGCAGCAGCAGGAGGCCCCAUUAGCUAAAAUGGUGCUUCAGGUUAAGAACAGUUUCAGGUUAAGAAUGGACCUCCGGAACGAAUUAAGUACUUAACCUGAGGUACCACUGUAUGCUGGUUUUCAUGUUGCAUUUUUUGUUUUAACGAUACUGUUUAUGAUGUACACCACUUAGAGCCAGUGUGGCGCAGUGGUUGGAGUGUUGGAGUAGGACCCAGCAGUCCCCACUCGGCCUUGAAGCUCCCUGGGUGAUCUUGGGCCAUUCGCUCACUCUCAGCCUAACCUGCCUCGCAGGGCUGUUGUGAAGAUAAAAUGGGGAGGGGGGAGAACUACACAGGCCACUUUGAGCUCCUUGGAGGAGAGGUGCACUACAAAUACAAUAAAUAAAAAUUAUGUGCCAUUUUGAAUUAAAGACAUUGCUUUCCUCCUUCUUGUUUUUAGUUCAGCCUCACCCGGAAGCACAAAACCUCUUUCGGAACAUCCCCCUCCAGCGGGUGGGGAACAAGACGGAGAUUGCCCAUAGCGUCCUGUACCUGGCCAGCCCCCUCGCCUCGUACGUGAGCGGCACAACCCUGGUGGUGGACGGCGGGGCUUGGAUGACCUCCGAGAACAACUUCCCCGCACUGUUGGGUAUUGCCUCACACUCUGCUAAGCUCUAGGUGACGUUUCUUUCCCCCUCUGUGGGACUGGAAGCAGGGGCGUUGCUAGGUACUCAAAUAGAAUAAAAUAAAAGAGGCUGCAGGGCCAUGGCGGGGCGGGGGUGUCCAUGUGCUGUGGUGCGCACAUUUGCACUGAAUUAGUACAUGCUCAUGUGUCUGUAUGGAUGCAAACACACUUUGCAGCAUGCUCAACAGCCCAUUAAGAAUUGGAGAGAAAAGAAAAGAAAUAGGCCUUUAAUAACAGGGGAGGGAGGAGCAGGGUUAUCCAGAGAGCCCAGCACAGAAGACCUGGGGCCUGGCUACCCCCUAGCAACGUCCCUGAUUAGAUAGUUAUAAAGCAGGCUUGGGGAACCUUUGGCCCUCAAGAUGUUGUCAGACCACUACUCCCAUCAGCCUCAGCAAGCAUGGCCACUGGCCAGGGAUGAUGGGAGUUGUAGUUCAGCAACAUCUGGAGAACCAGAGGUUCCCCACACCUGCUGUAAAGGUCCUUGUGUCAAGAAAGCCACAGUCUUCAGGUGAGAAUUUUUGUCGUGUGCCCCUCCAGUGCAGGGGGAAGCAGAAGAUAAAUUGGAGGAAUGACAGUAGAUCCGCAAGGUAUUCUGAUUCUCAAGUUAUUUUAACAUUUGCAACAAUUUCAGCCGCUUGCUUUGGAUUCCAUCUCAGUUUUUCUCCAACCUCCUUUCUCUCUUACAGGCGUCUGGGCUACAGAAUUAAAGAAAGAGAAAUGAAACAUGACCCUGGGAACCUGACGGAUGGGACACUGCAACUUCAACGCUACUCUCCGCAGAGCCAAAGGAGUCAGCCACUCGCCUCCUCUAGCAACAAGAUAACUUUUAGACAACAGUGGUAAUGGUGCUGUUUGAGAUUGAUGCUGGGCGCAGAGGCUAGGAGGUUGCAGCCUAUUUUAUUCUCACCUAAAAGCUUUCUCUUGAAUGCCCAUGAAUGCCUUGUGUGGCACAAAACUGUUGUCUGGAGUGGCAGCCUGGAAGAACAGAGAUUUGGCUUGAUUUACAUUUAAACCUUGGCAUCCUUUGCUUUGCCUGUGCUCUUUACCAUCUGAGCCUUUUUGUCAAGGAAAGGGAGGAGUGUGUCUGUCCGUCUGUGUUGUGUAUCUGCCCCUCCAGCCUGAAUCCUCUCCACCUCUAAUCUUCAUGAUUCUGGACCAAACAGGGUGAUUCUGCACUUUUUUGCCAAUGCUCUUUAUUUUUCGGUUAGGGGAAAUACCUCUCUCCCCAUCAAAAAACCCCAACACUCAUCUUUUUUAUCUAAUAAAUUCCAUAUGCAAUCUUUGCUUCUUGCUAAGCUUGUACUUUCAGUAUUGGUCUGGUUCCUAAUGCAGCAUGCUUUUCCUAUGAGACUCUCUGCUCCUUGAAGGAAGAAUUCAUUAUUCCUCUCGACAAUAUUGUACUGCCUUAUGCUGCGCUCCCUAAAAUGGCACUUUAUGAGUUGCAGUCAGCACUCGAAACAUGAGCUGCAUUUGGGUGAUCACAUCUUGGUUUAAUAAGCUGAGACAUGCACAAGCUUCAUGAACCCACAUGCAAACCCUUUGCUCCAGCUCCACUGCCCUUUGCAUGAGAGGGGAGAAGGCUUCGGCUAACCAUGGUUUCCUGUUACAUCCGAACCCGGUUAGUGACUCUCAAACAAGCUGGAAUACAAAACCAUGGUAUAAAGUUGCCUUCUAGAUCCUGGCUGUUUUGGAAGCCGCCAACCACAGUCUCCUUGUUUGGGUGUAACAGGAAGCCGUGGUUACCUUCAGCUUCCUGUCUUGUCCACUCAUAAAAAGGGGGAGUAAAAUGGGAUCAAAGGGGCUGUAUAUGGGUGCAUGAAGUUCAUUUUUAUCUCAUCGUAUCAAGCUGAGAUUUGAUCAUUGGAAUAGGGCCUGUGUUGGAUACAUGUGCUACAGGAAAUUUAUUAGCAUUUAUUAAUCACCUUCCACACAUGUCUCAAGACAUAUGAACAGCGAAUUAAGUCCAUUUUACAUACUUAGAAAGUAAUACUACAGGUAUUUGUGUUUUAAACUUAGUACAUUUCUUACAAAAACAAUCCACACACACACACACAAGGAACUGCAGAUCAUAAAAAAUAAGUGGAGCAGGCUCUGUUCUUGGUAAAGCCCAUAUCAUAGCUGUCAACUUUUCCCUUUUCUUAUGAGGAAUCCUAUUCGGAACAAGGGAAUUUCCCUUUAAAAAGGGAAACAUUGACAGCUAUGGCCCAUAUAUUGCCUCAAAAAAAUCCAUGAAGGCAGCUUUGCUUCCUUUGGAGUCAGACGUAAAUCCCCCAUCCCUGGAGUAAAAGCCAUCUGAGCUCAGGGGCCACAUUAUCUCAUGCACAGCCUUCCAGGGAGCUGUCACACGUGAAUGGUGGGUGGGAGCAGAAAGUUUCUAAUCACAUGGAGGUCUCCCUUGCUUGCCACUGAAUGAACUCAAAAACCCCCGAUCCCUUUUCUCCCCUUCAUGCCCUCCUACAAUGGAGAGGGACAGGGUGCUUGCACUGUGUGUUUGUUCUUUGCUGUGAUGCUGAUUCUCACCAGCAUUUCUGCUCCUGCCCACCACCCGCAGGCAAGUGAGGAAAUUAUGCAAUUGCUAUUGAUUUUGGAGAUUGCUGAGCAAAGUGGCAGAGAGAGGGAAGUGCACACGGAUCUUAAGCUCCCUUAAGUGUGUCCUUUAACUGCAGUUUCCUCAGUGAGCCCUGUGGAGCGGGGGAAAGGGAAAGCUGCUGGUUAAAAACUGAUUCCUACUAACGCUACACCACACACACACACACACACCAAGAAAACACUACUUAAUAACUUAAAAGGCCCCCAGCUACCUUGUCAGGCAGUCAUAUUUUUAUUGCUUGUAGCCAAUAGUCAUUCCAAUAUGGGCUGUCGCGUGGAAGAUGGAGCAAGCACAUGGUUGAACGACGGAAAACACAGGAAGCAGCAACAGCCACUGACUUAGAUGGCUUCAAAAGAGGAUUGGGCAAAUCCAUGGAGAGGGCAAUUGAUGGCUACUAACCAUGAUGGCUAUUCUCUGCCUCCACGGUUGGAGGCAGCAGCACUACUGAAUGCCAGAUGCAAGAAACCACAGGAAGGGGAAAGGCUCUGGCUUGCUGGUUUGAGAACAGGAUGCUGGACUAGAUGAGCCAUUGGCCAGAUCCUGCAGGCUCUUCCUUUGUUCUUAAGCUUGUUUUCUGCUGCUCCAGAAGGUAGGACCCAAACCAAUGGGUUCAAAUUACAAGAAAGGGGCCAACUAAACAUUUGAAAGAACUUUCUGAUGGUAAGAGGUGUUUUGACAGUGGAACGGACCACGUGGGAAGGUAGUGAACUCUCCUUCGCUGGAGGUUUUUAUGCAGAGGUUGGGUGGCCAUCUGUCAGGGGUUCUUCCGCUGUGAUUCCUGCAUUGCUGGAGGUGGACUGCACAACCCCUGGGUGUACCUUUCAACUCGACAGUUCUAGGAUUCUAUGAAUAUUAAGAACAAAAAAACCAAUCCAAAAGUAAGUUAAAACAUAUCAAUUUUUGGAACUGCAAAAUAUCGUGGGUGUCACUGUGGACUUGCUGAUCAGAAGGUCGUGGUUCGAAUCCCCAUGACGGGGUGAGCUCCCGUUGCUUGGUCCCUGCUCCUGCCAACCUAGCAGUUUGAAAGCACGUCAAAGUGCAAGUAGAUAAAUAGGUACUGCUCCGGUGGGAAGGUAAACGGAGUUUCCGUGUGCUGCUCUGGUUUGCCAGAAGUGGCUUAGUCAUACUGGCCACAUGACCCGGAAGCUGUACACUGGCUCCCUCGGCCAAUAAAGCGAGAUGAGCGCUGCAACCCCAGAGUCGGUCACGACUGGACCUAAUGGUCAGGGGUCCCUUUACCUUUAAUUAUUGUCAUGGGGCAAUGGAACUGCAAUGGCUCAGCUGGUAGACCAUUAAUCUCAGGGUCAUAGAUUCAAGCCCCAUGUUGGGCAAAGCAUUCCUGCUCUACAGUGCUAUGAUUCACAAACAUACCAUGAAAAUAGUUCUAAAAACAGUACCAAAAGAGCAACUAAUAAAAGGAUUAAAAACAAUACAGAAUGAACCCGAAUCAUUUAGAUUAAAAAGAGAUUUCCUUGACGCUUAACUUGAUUUGAAUCAAAACAGCAGCAAUAGCUUUUGUCACUGUGUUCAAACCUAUUGUAUAGGUCAGAGGUUUUCAACCUUCUUGAGCCCACAGCUCCCUUGACCAACUACACUCUUUCUAUGGCACCCCUGUGGGGCUCAGGAGCCCAGUUAUGUCACCCCUUGCCGGCAGAUUCUCACCCUUUUUUGAACAUCCUCCCUUGUGGAGUGUUCCCUCAGCCUCCUCUCCCCUCUCCUUGGAGUCCUCUGGGCAGCCAUGGAGCUGCCUUGUCCCACCUCAAAGAGAGGGGACUAUAGCCAGGGCUGCUGCAACAAACACCUGUACAAGCCAUUGGGAGGCAGAGACACAAGAGGGCAUCAGAGGAGUGAGGGAAGGAAAGAAGGACAGAGGCCAGUGUUGCCUGCGCGCCCCUGACCAACAUUCAAGGCACCCCAGGGUACCAUGGCACUCGGGUUGAAAACCACUGGUAUAGGUCAUAAACUUGUCUAUGAUUGUUCAGCAACCAUCUAAUUUUGAAAUCAUCAGAUUGACCCGGAAAAUUAUGAAAUGAGUUAAGAAAUUCUGUUCCUGGGUGAGUUGUGUAAAAGGCCAAACAAGAUAUAGUGCACAAUGUAUUUGAUCCGGCCUGAUCUGUGUACACAAAGGCCUAUUAAAUAAUUUACUCCUCAGGUAUUGUAUGGACAUAGUUUGGAAUCUAAGCAAAGUAAAUGCAUCUCUAAUGGGGGAAAACAAGUUAAUCCCCACAGAUAAGCAGCCCUUUUAUAGCUUUGUUAAUACACCUGUUUACUAGGCACUCGCUUCAUUUCCAGGGCUGGAUUUUUAAUCUCUGUUCACAUUACAUUUAUCCCAAAUGCACAUUUAUCCUUGACUUCUUUUUAAAAAUACUGGUGUUCGCUGCAUUGUUUCUCACACUUGGAUAGCUCAGUCAAUAGAGCAUGAGGCUCUUAAUCUCAGGGUCAUGGUUUGGAACCCCAUGUUGGGCAAAAGAUUCCCACAUUGCAGGGGGUUGGACUAGAUGACCCUCUUGGUCCCUUCCAACCCUACAAUUCUCUGAUUCUAUUAUUCUAAAUCUGUUUCACACCAACUGGAGUCCUUAAGCUAUCCCUAAUCCAUAUCUAGGCAAGGUACAUAGGGUAAAGACACCCCCAUCCCCUCUGGUAUGUACACAAACAGAAACAAAUCUGACACUGAUGAAUGUUUGCUAGAGGGCACAAUGACCAGAAGCUAUGUGUGGUCCUGUGGUCCUGCCCACAACCAGUGGGAAUGUCGGUUAACCUUCAGCAGUUGUUGCCCACACCCUUUCACACAUACCUUUACUUCCAUGAGGACCAGGAACUUAAAGUGUUCUUUUCCUCUUAAAAUAUAGUUGAGGGGUUUUUUGUUGUUGUUGUUGUUAAGAAUCUGAAUUCUCUCUCCAGCACUGCUCCUGAAGAAUUAGGGCAUGCAGAUAGUCGUGUUCAUGAGGCAAGAGCUCAUUUACAUGAAGAGCCAUACUUGAGCCUGCCCCUCCCCCCCAGCUCUCUUCGUCAUCCUCAUGUAACUCCUGAGGGAAGGAGAAUGAGGCUUAAAAAUAGUUUUUGUCCUGUAACCUCCUGUAUAUUAUAUCUUUGUUGAAUUCCUGCCUCCUCUUUUCUUGCGGCUUUCACACAUCCAUCAGUGAAUGUUUAAUCUUCUUGCUCUCAGUAAAGAGACCUGCUUUCUUCCUUGUUCUCUGUGUUGUCUUCUAUUUACCGUACUUUUGGUUUUUAAUAUUCGCAUUUAUUCUUAGGACUAAAUGACGUCAACAAACAGGACUUGCCUGGCGCCAAUGUCAUUGGCCUUUAAUCAUGCCUGUUCAUCCAGGCAUUUGGGUCUUCAUUUAACCCUAAUGUAGAAUGAUUCUGGCCUGACUUGGGGCUCACCUUUUUAGGAAAUUUCCCUUUUCAUGCUUGCUGAUGGAUGGAAACUUGGUGAUGAUGGAGGGGUUUUAUUCUCCCCUCUGGAAGGAUGGGGAGAUAUGAGCCCAUCAGUUAUGCCAAAUGUGUCCCUCCAGGUCUCUCUCUCUCUGGGGUCAUGGACUGGCAAGAUGCAGAGGGAUGGUGGAAGGAACCAGCUGGGGAUCCCCCAAGGGAAUAAGGCUCAGAGCUAGGGGAUUGGUGGUGGGGGGACGAUGAGGCGUCAGGGUUUAGUGAGCAGGAAGAGGCUGGGGCACAGGGCAGUCCAGACUCAGAGGCAGGAGAGGAGUGAGGCCAGGAGACAGAGAUAAGAUAAGCUGCUGAAGAACCCAGGGAGUCUC